GUUACAACACCCCCACCAUUGCUUUCAUCUGACAAUAAAGCGACAUAACCUUUCUUGUCAAAACAAUCACAUUUUUUGAAGAAAUGCUUUUCUUUGAAUCUUGAAAAUGGAUUCAAGCGGUGACAAGCCCCAGGAAUCUCCCCAAGACAUUGUAGCCGCCCUCCAGGAAAAAGUUAAUAGCUUGUACUUAUACCGGGACCAUUAUUUUGAAACUCAUAAGAUCGACGAUGCCAUUCAUAAAAAUGGAGAUGUUGAGAAAAAAUUAUCUGAGAUUUUAGGAGUAUUUAAUGAGUGCGAGAAACGGGCUUCGGGGGGCGAUAGGGCCAAGUUUUGUUUUCUCAAAGGUAGGGCGUUAAAUGUUGUGCCUAAGUUUAGCAAAGAAGCGGAAAGUUUGCUCUCUAAGGCUGUUAAAUUGGAUCCUAAGUGUGUUGAGGCUUGGAAUGAGUUAGGGGAGUGUUUUUGGAAAAAUAAUGAGUUGAAGAAGGCGAUGAAUUGCUUUGAGGGGGCGCUCAAAGAACGCAAGAAUAAAGUCUCGUUAAGGAAUCUCUCAAUGUUGGCAAGGCAGGAAACUUCAAGUAGUAGGGAAAAUUUAAUAAAUAACAUAGAAAAAGGCUUAAACUAUGCAAAAGAAGCUGUCCAGUUGGACCCCCAAGAUGGUCUCUCAUGGGCUGUUUUAGGAAAUGCCCACUUAUCAUCAUUUUUCGGUAUUCAACAAAAUCCAAAAACGCUAAAGCAAUGCUUAAGUGCCUACUCUCAAGCCGAGAAAGAUAUUGUGGCCAAAAGUACUCCAGACUUACACUAUAACAAAGGAAUAACUUUAAAAUAUGAGGAAGAGUUUGAAUUGGCGCUUGAAUCGUUUAAUAAGGCGGCUCUGUAUGAUCCCACGUGGGACCAACCCAAAAUCAAGGAAAAACAACUCGUUAGAUAUUUAAAUGAGAUUACCGAUUUAGUCACAACAAGUGGUAAAAUGAAAGCGAAGCGUUUACAACAAAUUUUGCAAUCGAUUGAUUCAAAGCAAUUGGGGCCGUACGCCGGUGGCAGUUAUACCUCGUCGGCGAAUCAAACCGUCAAACUUGACGAAAUUCCUUUGGGUGGCUUAAAGCCGGGUUUAAAUGAGGAAAAAGUGGUUUUGGGGAAAGUGGUGUGUAGUGUGCAAAACGAGGAUUCGGUUCCUUUUACAUUCUGUUUGGUGGAUAAAUUAGGAACUUGCGUCGUAGUAACAGUUUUUAAUUUGGCCGACGGUAAAGGUGUGAUUAUCGGUAAUUCAGUGGCAAUUCCCGAACCCUACGUGACUGAUGUGGAUUUUACGUAUAAAGAUAAUGAAUACAAGUUUCGUUUAAUCCGAGUAGAGACACCGCUUGUGAUGGUUGUGAAUGGCAAAAAAGUGAAUCGGGAUCUUCAAGCCGGUGUCCAGAUGUCAAUUUUUAACAAAUAUGAUUGAUUGUAAUUCACACGCGUUUGUAAUUCAGAAUGAGAGUGGUGCAGCCAAUACUGGAACCUGUAUUUUUCAGCCAGAAAUUAAUUGUAAAUAAAAGAUUUUUGAUCA